GAAAUGUCAGCCGGUUCUUGGGUUAUCCAACAUAAAAUUGAGGUUAAAAAUCCGUGGGUAAAAGGGUAGGGUCUGCUUACGAAUGUGGAAUGUGUUGAGUGGUGGCACUCGGAAGUAACUCCGUACAUCAUCCCGUACACAACCGUCAGUCUCUGGUGGGAAGAGAAAGUGUUAAGUUAUCUGUCAGAAAAAUACCAAGUCAACAAGUUAAAUAAGUGAAAAUAAAAUGGGGACCUGGCCUGAAAACGUUGGCAUACUCGCCUUGGAGUUAAUAUUCCCUUCACAAUACGUCGAUCAGACUGAAUUGGAGGCUUAUGAUGGAGCUUCAGCAGGAAAAUACACCAUUGGAUUGGGGCAGCAGAAAAUGGGCUUCUGCAACGACCGAGAAGAUAUCAACUCGCUAUGCCUCACCGUCGUCAAAAAGUUAAUGGAAAAACACAACAUAAAACCCGAAGAAAUUGGCCGUUUGGAAGUCGGAACGGAGACAAUAAUCGACAAAUCAAAAAGCGUUAAAACCGUCUUGAUGCAGCUAUUUGAACCCCAUGGUGUAACCGACAUCGAAGGUAUAGACACCACAAACGCUUGCUAUGGUGGAACAGCAGCCCUAUUCAACGCUAUAUCCUGGGUGGAAUCCUCUGCGUACAACAGACGCUAUGCUCUUGUAGUCGCAGGUGAUAUCGCCGUAUAUGCCAAAGGGUCUGCCAGACCCACCGGCGGAGCUGGUGCCAUAGCGAUUUUGGUGGGUCCAAACGCCCCCUUGGUGUUCGACAGGGGGGUACGCGGCACCUACGUGAAGCACGCCUACGAUUUCUACAAGCCAGACCUGACAUCAGAAUACCCCACAGUCGAUGGUAAACUAUCCAUUCAAUGUUACCUAAGUGCCCUGGACAAUUGUUACCAACUUUACUGCAAAAACGUGGCCAAAAAGACCAACACCAACAUAGACUUAAGUUACUUUGACGCGGUAUUAUUCCAUUCUCCAUACUGUAAGCUAGUCCAAAAAUCCUUAGCUAGGUUGGCCUUGAACGAUUUUAUUAUGCUGUCAAAAGAUAAAAGGGCUGUAAAAUACCCCAAUUUUGAAUCAUUUAAUGACAUCAAAUUGGAAGACACAUACUUUGAUAGAGACGUAGAAAAGGCUUUCCUAGCAUACUCUAAGGAUAUUUUCGCCAAAAAAACAGAUCCGUCUCUUCUCAUGGCUAGCCAAGUAGGCAACAUGUAUACACCCUCGUUAUACGGAGGUUUAGUAUCAUUAAUUGUCAGUAAAACUGCUGAAGAACUGGCUGGUAAUAAAAUAGGUUUAUUUUCGUAUGGUUCAGGUCUAGCAUCAAGCUUAUUUUCAAUCAGUGUUACUAAAGAUAGCGCACAAAAAUCAGCUUUAGAUAAGUUAGUAUCUAAUCUAAGCCAUAUUAAACCCUUAUUAGAACAAAGGCAUAAAGUAUCGCCGGAGAAAUUCGAGGCUACCUUGGAAGUACGGAAAGAAAAUUGUCAUAAAGUACCAUUGGAACCUUCUGGUAGCAUUGAAACUUUCUUCCCUGGUACUUACUACCUUACCAAAAUCGACGAUCUUCACAGAAGGUUUUAUAAUAGGAUACCUGUAGCUUUAAACGGACAUUCGUAAUAUUUUUAACGUUAAUACAGCUUUAAGUCAAUUAGUUAUUAUGGUGAUAUUUGCACUUUUUAAAUGGGGUUUGGUUUAGAUCAUACUUUCUUAAGACAAAAGUUAUGGUUAGUUAGGGGUUUUUUUAUUACCAAAAUAUGUUUUAAAUUUUGACUUUAUUGUAGGUAGUUAGUUUUUUUGCAAAAAGUGCAAAUCUUGUAUAAUGACCUUAAAAAUAUAAAACCAUUUAAAUGAUUAAUUAGUUUUAAAUCCAUUAUAGUUUGUUGCACUCUGUAAUAACAGCAGCUGAUAUAAAUAAUGAAAUGUUUACCAAGGCUUUAAAGUAAUAUCUUAGAUUUAAAAAGUUAAAACUAACAACUGUAUGCAUAAAAGAUAGUUUUUAACACAAUUCAACACUGAAUAUUUUGGAAUAGUAUAACUACUGUUUUUUCCAAAAUAAAUACUGUUGGACCCAAAAUCUUGACUAUUAUUUGUGCAUAUGGCCUUCUAAAAUGUCAAUCAAUUUUGUACUUGUUACCUUAAAUAACUUUUUUUGGGAUUUCAUCCCUAUUGUUUGAAAAACUUAGGUAGGGGUUAAGUCUAGUUUUGUCAGGGAACAUUAGUUUGUAAGAAUUUUCGCUCAACUAAGUGCCUAUAGAUUACUCUUAAAAUUGUGUUUGUAAUAAUGAAAAAAUCUUUUACGCUUUUUUAAACAAUAAAAAAACAGAGAUAUCGCCCUCGAUUCACUAAAUAUUAAAUUAAUUAAAAUUGUGAAAGUUUGGAAUCUUAUUUCCAAUUUCUAAUAAUUUAAUGAUACAACGAAAUUUCCUAGUUUUUUUUUCAGGGG